AAUCCUCUUUCUUUUUAAAGAGUACUUGAGAGAGUAACCAAUCAAUCAGCUCCAACUUACCUAUGUAAAUAGCCAUUUUAAGGCCUACCACUCCUCCCCCAAUCACACUCUACUUCCAGAUACCCUCUACAAGUUCUCUCUCUCUCUCAAGAACACCAAUCUGGGGUCGAUUUCAAGAAACCAAAGAUGGUGAGAGGAAAGACCCAGAUGAGGAGGAUAGAAAACGCUACAAGUAGGCAAGUGACUUUCUCCAAAAGGAGAAAUGGUCUAUUGAAGAAAGCUUUUGAGCUUUCUGUGCUUUGUGAUGCUCAAGUUGCUUUGAUUAUCUUCUCUCCAAGAGGCAAGCUCUGUGAAUUCGCAAGCUCAAGCAUGGAUGACACUAUCGAACGUUACAGGAAUCACGUAAAAGAAGUUCAAACUGAGAAUUCUUCGAGUGUAGAAGAUGCUCAGUGGCAACAUUUGAAGAAUGAAACAGAAAGUAUGGCAAAGAAGAUAGAACUCCUGGAAAUAACUAAAAGGAAACUUUUGGGAGAAGGUCUAGGAUCAUGCACCAUUGAUGAACUACAAAAGCUUGAACAACAGCUAGAGAGGAGUGUAUCCAUCAUUCGUGCUCGAAAGAUGCAAGUAUAUAAUGAACAAAUUCAGGAACUACAAGCAAAGGAGGGAUUGUUAGCAUCUCAAAAUGCAAUGCUAAGUUCAAAGUGUCUAGUCCAAACUCAGGAAAAGAUUGAUGAACAACGACCCAUGUUGCAAAUGAUUGAAUGUGGAGAAAGUUCAGAUGUCGAAACAGAAUUGUUUAUUGGAUUACCCGAAAAAAGGAUGAAGCUUGAUAGACAAAAAUGAUGGUUAAAAUAUCCAUAAAGCAACACAUUUAUAUAUCUAUAAAGAUGUUAUUUGUGUUUGGUAUCAAAAAUCUAUGUUUUGCCAUUGACUUGCGAGAAAAUGUUCAU